AUGACCUCAUCUGAAGAAGCCACCACUAUCACGGCAACACAGAACAUGACGACUACCUGGGAAUAUGUUUAUUAUGAUGAGGAUGACUACCAAGAUGAAUUGUGUAAUGCGACCUCCUUGUCGCACUUUGCCAAGAUCUCCAGUCCAUUAUUCUUGUCUGUGGUGACGGUGCUUAGCCUGCUAGGCAACAUCCCGGUCGUAGUAAUUGUACUCAAAUACGAGAAUGUCAAAUCCCUAACCAAUGCUCUUAUCCUGAACCUGGCCGUGUCGGACCUCCUGUUCGCGGCGGCGCUACCCUUCUGGGCGUACUACUAUGCCUGGGGCUGGGCUUUGGGGGAGAAUGCGUGUAAACUGGUGAGCUUCGUAUUUAACGUUGGAUUCUACAGCAGCGGUCUGUUCCUCAUCACCAUGACGGCCCAGCGCCACGCAGCCGUGCUCAACCCCCUGUCGGGCCUGGUGUCUGCGAGUGGCCUCUACAGCUUGCUGGCAUCAGUGCUCAUAUGGGUCGCCAGUAUCUUUUUGGCUGUUCCGACCUUCCUCCUAACCUCCAUCGUCGAACAGAGCGGCAAAAUUCACUGCGAAUACGACGAUUCUACAAGCGGCAGGUGGGGAAUUUACCAGCAGAACUUCCUUUUUGUGCUCAUCUCCGGCGUGUUCCUCUUCUGUUACUCUCAGAUCCUAUGCAGGCUGCUUAGCCCUUUGGCAAGGAGACGCAAGCACAAGACCUUGAGGCUGAUAUUUACUUUAGUGAUGCUCUUCUUCAUCGGUUGGGCUCCAUAUAACGCAACGCUUUUCCUUAAAUCUUUUCGCUUUUGGCCCCAAACGCCUGCAGAUUCUGAGACUGUGGCCAAAAGCUGCAAUAACCACAACCUUCUGGAGUUUACCUUUCAUAUCAGCAGACUUUUAGCUUUCUCGCACUGCUGCCUCAACCCUGUCUUCUAUGUGUUUGUGGGCUCCAAGUUCAAAUGCCACUUGAAGAAGAUGAUGGGAUGCCGGCAUCACAGCGAGGGAGAAUACAGACGACGUAGCCGACGGGUGAUCACAUCCCUGUCUAGUGGGGAUGACCUCUGCGUGUAG